CUUCGCCCUUUCUCUCCGUCUUCAACGCCUCCAAGGCGUCCCCGACACCGGUCAUGCCAUUAGCCUACUCACUGCCGAGUGAUGUGUCCCCUGCGACGGUCACCAAUACUUCCUCGCUCUUGCGUAUCAUCGCCUUAGCUCUCAUCUCGGGUGCUGCUAUUGCGUCACGUCUCUUCGCAGUCGUAAACUUCGAGAGUAUUAUUCACGAGUUCGACCCAUGGUUUAAUUACCGGGCAACAAAGGUUCUUGCUGAGAAGGGUUUCUAUGCGUUCUGGAACUGGUUCGACCAUACUGCGUGGUAUCCCCUCGGCCGUGUUGUUGGAGGCACCAUCUACCCCGGUUUGAUGGCGACUAGCGGCGUCAUAUACAAUGUGCUUCACGCGCUCAAUCUACCCGUCGACAUCCGCAACAUUUGCGUUCUUCUCGCGCCUGGUUUCAGUGCACUCACUGCUUGGUCCACGUACAUGUUCACGAAGGAAUUGAAGGAUGAGAGUGCCGGCCUACUCGCCGCCGUCUUUAUUGGCAUCGCCCCUGGAUAUAUCUCCCGCUCCGUCGCCGGCUCCUACGACAACGAGGCUAUCGCUAUCUUCUUGCUCAUGUUUACCUUCUACUCAUGGAUCAAGGCUCUCAAAACUGGAAGCGCAUUCUUCGGCACACUCACCGCGCUGUUCUACUUCUAUAUGGUCGCCGCAUGGGGCGGCUAUGCUUUCAUAACGAACAUGAUCCCUCUUCAUGCCUUGACCCUGAUCCUCAUGGGCCGUUUCAGCAGCCGUCUAUACGUCGCGUACUCGUCUUGGUACGCGAUCGGUACCUUGGCCAGUAUGCAGGUUCCGUUCGUCGGCUUCCAGCCGGUGCGGACGAGCGAACAUAUGGCCGCUCUAGGUGUCUUCGGCCUCUUGCAGAUCGUCGCCUUCGCUGAGCUCGUACGUGCUCACGUGUCCUCGAGGCAGUUCCAGAGCAUCCUGUUCGGCUCAGUCAUCGUUAUCGGCGUACUCGGUGUUCUCGCCUUCGCGGGACUCACGUACAAGGGCUGGAUUGCACCCUGGACCGGGCGGUUCUACUCGCUGUGGGACACGGGUUACGCAAAAAAAUACAUUCCCAUCAUCGCCUCGGUCUCGGAGCACCAGCCCACCGCAUGGCCGUCGUUUUUCAUGGAUCUGCAGUUCCUCAUUUUCCUCUUCCCAGCCGGCGUGAUCCUUUGCUUCCGUGAGCUACGCGACGAGCACGUCUUCGUGAUCAUUUACGCGGUCGUCGCCAGUUAUUUUGCAGGCGUCAUGGUCCGUCUCAUGCUGACACUCACACCUGUCGUAUGCGUUGCUGCCGCCGUCGCCUUCUCGUCCCUCUUGGACACAUACAUCGAUCCUGUAGAGCCCGAGGUCUCGGAGGUCGCCGUGCCAGCUACCGGUGGCGACUCCUCUGCGGCUUCUCCCGCGACGGUUGAUGGUGCUGUGUCCAGUAAGAAGGCCAAGAAGGCCGCUGCCGCUGCCGCCGAUGCAUCCUCUACUGGCAUCGCGUCUGGCAUCGUCGCUGCGAUUGGCGGUCAGUCCAAGAGCCCCAAGGCGCGCGGGAUAUUCGGGCUCGAUACGCGGCUUUUGAUCGUGGUCAACGCGCUCGGCAUGCUCCUCUUCUUUGUCCUCCACUGCACCUACGUCACCUCUAGCGCCUACUCAUCCCCGUCGGUCGUGCUCGCGUCCCAGAACCCGGACGGGAGCCAGCACAUAAUCGACGACUUCCGCGAGGCGUACUACUGGCUCCGACAGAACACGCCGCAGGACGCGGUCGUGAUGAGUUGGUGGGACUAUGGAUAUCAAAUUGCCGGUAUGGCGGAUAGGCCGACAUUGGUUGACAACAACACCUGGAACAAUACGCACAUCGCGACCGUCGGGAAGGCGAUGUCGAGCCCCGAGGAGGUCGCAUACCCGAUCCUGCGCAAGCAUGACGUCGACUAUGUGCUCAUCAUCUUCGGGGGUCUCAUCGGCUACUCGGGCGACGACAUCAACAAGUUCCUCUGGAUGGUCCGCAUCGCGCAGGGCGUCUGGCCGGACGAGAUCCAGGAGCCCAACUACUUCACACCCAAGGGCGAGUACCGGAUCGACGAUGCGGCGUCUCCGACGAUGAAGAACAGCCUCAUGUACAAGAUGUCCUACUACCGGUUUGCGGAGUUGUUCGGUGGGAGUCAAGCCGUCGAUCGUGUGCGCGGUCAGCAGGUCCCGAAGACGGGCCCUACGCUCGAUUACCUGGAUGAGGCAUUUACUUCGGAGAAUUGGAUUGUCCGCAUCUAUCAGGUCAAGAAAGAGGAUCUACUGGGCCGUGACCUCAAGACAGCUAACGUAUUCGCUAAUGGCAAGAAGAGGAAGAAGUCAAAGCCUCUAGCGAGACGAAAAGCUCUUGCGUAAAUUCUGUCAACCUUUGUCUGCUAGUAUAUUAU